AGGCCUGAACAACACCAAACAUCAUCACCUCCACAAAUUCAUUCCUUUAUGUAAUUCUUCCCCCCCUGCAUCAUCUAACUCUGUUUGCACCUUCUUCCUCUGUUUUCCUCUGCCCUUCCCCUGUUUCCCACCAAUGAUUACAACAAAGCGGGUCCACGGAUUCUUCAAGUUCCGUGCCUUAGUGCUUUCCCUUAUCUAUACCAACCAUUCUUUGUGCCUUGUGAAUGCCCAAAACUAACCCUCUCUUCAACCCUUAUCUGCCACAAAUUCCCUGCAAAGUCCCUCAAACAAAAAGGAGUAUUUUGACACCAACCUGUCACUUUCCUUGUUAAAUAGUACCUUCUUAUUCUCCCAUCCAAUCACACCUUGCACCACUUUCUUUCUCUCCCUGCAACUUUCGUUUUCAAAUAGAACAAGAAACGAGAAAAAAUCAAAUGGUUGCCAAGGACUAUAACCACUUAACAUGUACGGUUGUGAACAUGGGCAAAAUGAUGCAGAGCAUUGACUAUUCUACACUUUUCUGGCUAUUUUUUGGGGUCUUCUCACACGUAAACCAUGAAGGAAAGCCUCGAAUUUAGGAUAAUAAAAUAACAAAGUUGUUCUGCUUUUAAUUUUUCACCUUUUUUUUUCUCUGCAUCAUUAAGUUGCAGCGUGGAAGAUAUAGUGUUUCAGCAAAUAUAAGAGGUGGUUGUUUAAGGUUGUGCUUAUAGAUAAUAAUAAAACAUGUAUUGCAAGAGAGAGCACAAGGAAGAUGGAAAGGGAGAGCAUGGUUAUGUGGAAACCGACCCAACUGGUCGCUAUGGCAGGUUUGGAGAUGUUCUUGGAAAAGGAGCAAUGAAGACAGUGUACAAAGCAAUUGAUGAAGUUCUUGGAAUUGAGGUAGCAUGGAAUCAGGUCAGACUCAAUGAGGCACUUCGCACACCGGACGAUUUGCAGCGGCUUUACUCAGAGGUUCAUCUCCUCAGUACCCUCAAGCACCAGUCCAUCAUAAGAUUCUACACUUCUUGGAUUGAUGUUGAUAACAAGGCCUUCAACUUUGUCACAGAAUUGUUCACAUCAGGGUCACUGAGAGAAUACAGGAAGAAAUAUAAGCGGGUAAGCAUACAAGCUAUAAAACAUUGGGCACGCCAAAUCUUGCAAGGUCUUGUUUAUCUACAUUGCCAUGAUCCACCUGUGAUCCAUAGGGACCUCAAAUGUGAUAACAUAUUUGUCAAUGGUCAUCUUGGACAAGUAAAAAUUGGUGACCUGGGACUGGCUGCAAUUCUCCGUGGUUCCCAAUCAGCACACAGUGUCAUAGGCACACCCGAGUUUAUGGCACCAGAAUUGUACGAGGAAGAAUACAAUGAACUAGCUGAUGUAUACUCAUUUGGCAUGUGUGUGUUGGAAAUGCUUACAUCUGAAUAUCCAUAUAGUGAAUGUUCUAAUCCAGCACAAAUCUACAAGAAAGUGACAUCGGGGAAACUACCAUUGGCUUUUUUCCGGAUUGAAGACAUGGAAGCACAAAUGUUUAUUGGAAAAUGCUUACUACCUGCAGCAAAUAGACCAUCUGCUAAAGAAUUGUUGCUUGACCCUUUUCUUGUGUCUGAUGAUUCAACAUCCACGAUUAAGUUUGCAAUUCAGAAGCCAUUUUUGAAUGCCAGUGAGAUGGAGAAACUGCAAUUAAGUGAUAAUCUUCCUAGGACUGGAAUGAAAGUGAUAGGGAAGCUGAAUCCUGAAGAUGAUACUAUCUUUCUCAAAGUGCAAAUUUCUGACAAGGAUGGUUCAGUUAGGAAUGUAUUCUUUCCCUUUGACAUUUUCAAUGACACCCCUAUUGAUGUUGCAACUGAGAUGGUGAAAGAAUUGGAGAUUGCUGAUUGGGAGCCUUUUGAGAUUGCAAAUAUGAUUGAUAGAGAGAUAUCUGCACUGCUACCUCACAGGAGGGAAAGUGACACAUUCAGUUAUCUAGAUGAUGAUGAUGGACCUCAUCAUCAUUUCCGCUCCUUCUCUUCUAGUUCAUCAUUCAAAGAAUCAAUGUCAGAUUUAGUCAGCAAAGCUGAGGAAAUAUCAAGUGGAUAUUAUUGGCUCCAUGAUGAAUUGCAUGAUGAUACUAGUUCACAAUGUUCUUCACAAGGGACAUAUUCCAACUUGAAUUACUAUUCUGUGGAUGAUCAAGAGUACAACGUGUCUUCUAGAAAAGAUAAUAAACUUCCAAUCAUAAAGAGUCACAAGGGCAAAAUGGUUUCCCCAGGCGAAGACUUCAGCAAUUUCAGCCAGUGUAAAGGCAUGGUUGGAUCACACAUUCCUUUUACUUGUAAAAGUAAGAUGACGACAAAAAAUCACAGAUUAACAAGGAACAGAUCCUUAAUUGAUUUACGGAGCCAGCUAUUACAUCGAUCUCUGGUUGAAGAGAUAAACAAAAGAAGAUUAUUCAAGACAGUUGGUGCUGUGGAAAAUAUUGGAUUUCAGGCACCUUGUGAUGUUACCACAAAAAGGUCACAACCUGCAUGUGCUGCUUCAAAUGAGAACUCUCAAAGGAGUGGCAAGGGAGAAAAAAUUAAGAGAUAAUAAAAAGAAACAUUUACAAACGAGUGUCUCUUGAACAUUGAAAAAUAAGAUGUAAUGCGUACGUAGUCUUCAAUGUGUUAUAUCCAUGAGAAAAUAUGAUGUGGUUGAUUUCAUUUGGGGUAAUUAGAUUUCCAAAGUAGAAAAUAUUAAUAUUAAAGUUUGGUGGCCACUAAGAUAGGCAAAUAAUUGAACUGUUUGGGAGUUAGGCUCAAAUGAAUGUGAUUAUGUGUAUAGAUGUACAUGGAGUGUGCUGAACAAAAGUAAAUGAUUUUUUGGCGAUGAAGAAAGUCUUCUCAAGGAAGCUGGACCAACAUGUUAUAAUAUUUCUAUUCCGUGGAUGAAAAUGAAAGUAUAAGUGGUGCAGCUGUCAACAAGGAUUAAGAUCCACGAUGCUAGUGGUUUGUUUUACUAGUUUCUUUCCCAUUUUUGGAACGUACACCGAUUUGCACGUUGUUAAAUAUGACUGUAUGUUAGCCCUUUGUUGUCAGUUAUCAAGAUUUAAAGAGCCAUGAGGCUGGAAUUUUUAUUUUUUA